AUGGGAGAGAGCAUGUCCAAGAGGCUGAGGCUGCAGCUGGGCGCUGAGGCGGAGAUGGAGGAGCGUGCCUUCGCCAACCCCUUCCCGGACUACCCGGCGCACGGCGCCGGCGCCGCCAGCGGCGCGGAGGCGCCGCGGGACAGGGCGUCCCUCGCCCCGCAGGAGGAGCCCUUCCCUUUCGGCGCCGACGGGAAGGUCAGCUCUCAGUUCACAAAACGGAUCCAGACAAAAAUCAAGGACCUUUUGCAGCAAAUGGAGGAGGGACUAAAGACAGCAGAUCCACAUGACUGCUCCGCCUAUACUGGCUGGACUGGCAUUGCCCUUUUAUAUCUGCAGCUGUACCGUGUCACGAAAAACCAGAGCCACUUGCAGCGAGCUCUUGAUUAUGUAAAGAGAAUCCUUCGCAAUCUGAAUGGCAGAAGAGUCACUUUUCUCUGUGGCGAUGCCGGUCCCUUGGCAGUGGGUGCAGUGGUUUAUCACAAGCUGAAAAUUGACAAUGAAUCUAAAGAAUGUAUCGCCAAGCUGUUGCAGCUCCAGAGGACAGUGAUAAGCACUGAUGCUGAACUGCCAGAUGAGCUGCUUUAUGGCAGAGCGGGUUACCUCUAUGCCUUGCUCUAUCUGAAUACAGAAAUUGGUCCUGACACUGUCCCUCAAUCUGCUAUCAACGAGGUAAUAGACUCCAUCAUUGAGUCAGGGAAGAACUUUUCCAAAGAGGAGCGUAAAACAGACCGCUGCCCUCUGUUGUACCAGUGGCACAGGAAGCAAUACGUUGGGGCGGCCCACGGCGUGGCUGGCAUCUACUACAUGCUCAUGCAGCCAAUUGCAAAUGUGGAUCAGGAGACCCUGACGGAGCUGGUGAAGCCGAGCAUUGACUACGUGCGACAUAAAAAGUUCCGGUCAGGGAACUACCCGUCAUCGCUGAGCAAUGAAACGGACAGACUGGUUCACUGGUGCCACGGUGCCCCUGGAGUCAUCCACAUGCUCAUGCAAGCUUAUAAGACCUUCAAGGAAGAAAAAUACUUGAAAGAUGCUAUGGAGUGUAGCGACGUCAUCUGGCAGAGGGGCUUACUGAGAAAAGGAUAUGGGAUCUGCCACGGUACUGCUGGCAAUGGCUAUUCCUUCUUAUCUCUCUACAACCUAACUCAGGACAAAAAGUACCUCUACCGAGCUUGCAAGUUUGCUGAAUGGUGUUUGGAGUAUGGUGCACAUGGAUGUCGUAUUCCUGACCGGCCUUAUUCCCUCUUUGAAGGAAUGGCUGGAGCUAUUCACUUCCUGUCAGAUAUUUCRGUACCGGAGACUUCCCAGUUUCCAGCGUUUGAACUUGGACCUCAGAGGAGGGAAAACAAAGCAGAACAAGAUAGCUAAGGAAUUGUUUUGGAAGGAAGCUAUUGCCAAAAGCGACGAGACUGUUUUGUGCCUCUGAUACUGAAGCAACUCGAUCUUGACAGAUGGAUUACACCUCCUUUUCCCACUCCCCUCUGCCCCAAAGGACCAUGAAAUCACUAGAGCAUGGAUGAGAAGAAGCCAUGUUUAAGUUCUGUUAGUGACACCUUCACAUGUAGGACAAAAGAAGUUGAGUUUGAACUUUCUCUCUUCUGUUGCAUUUGUUGUCUUUGGGUCUUUCACAUGSUCUGCAUGUUUAUUGCUGUUGUCUGUUGAUACGAUGUCUUUUGUUGUGAGCAAAAGCUGUUCUCUGUGUGUUCUCGGUCCUGUCUCUUCACAUGUGACUGGACAGCAGUGUUGCUUUCUGCAGACUUGCUAUCCACAGAGCUCCACUUUAUGCCAGACAGUCCAGGGUAAGACUCUGCCUGGUUUGAUUUCUUCACUGGUUACUUUAAAAAGAAGAAAAAGUUACCUACAUUCAUGUUUCUGCACUUUUCUCUACAACCUCUAAAAGCUGAGGCAAAGGACAGCAACCUUGUUUGAAGAGGUGCUAUGAAGUCCCCCCAGUUUUCAGGCAUUUGAGAUUUGGUGGGACCUGUUGUUGAGCAGAGCAGGAACAGCAAGUUAUGCUUUUCCUCUCUGUUUACAUGGACUUGUGAUAAAUCCAUCCUGUGUUACACGUACACAAGGAGGUAACGAGCAGUUGUUUCUCAUGGCUGGUAACUCUGAAUGACUGUYGCUCUUGAUCCAGGGAGGUGGUUUGUUCUGUUUCCCCCCAGCCCCACUUCUCUUAGCGCAGAUAGUGUGACAGGAGCAGUAGACAUCAGCUGCUUGUAGAGACUGCCGAAAACUAAGGAACAGUGUGUUUGUUGCUAGAAAUUGUGAGUAAAGUUUAUGUCAUCUCAAAUUCAAAGCAGAARAGAAAAAAUCCUUUUCCCUUGGUCCAAACUGUGCUGUCAGUCCUCUGCUUCUCGUUAUAGUCUGGUGGUGGUGUGAAAUACUAGCUCUUUCCUCUGCUAUCAAGGUGUUACUCUAUUCUGCCUCCAUGCUCUUGAUUUAGGAGGAGUGGAACUUGAGAACAUUUAGAACACAUUUCUGUUUUCCACRUAGUAGGUACACUUACUAUUUGAAAAAGGUAAGUGUGUGUAGUGYUUGCUCGUUUAUCCCCUGUCCUCUCCUAGCUCUCCCUGUGCUCUGUCAGUCCAGGUGCUUAUUUUAAUUGAUACCUUAUAUUGGGUGUGAYAGGCGUCAGAGACUUGGUCUGACCUUUCAGGCGUGCACUGGUACAUACAUGACCCGGGAGCCAUCUGCUGAGCUCCAGUAUUUGCAAUCAGGCUUGGAAAUGCAGCACAGCUCCUGCAUAAAUCUCUGAACAGCAGCAAGUGGCUUCCUUGAACUUUGCAAAAGAAUGUGUCGCCAAACCCAGGCGGAUGCUAAUAAUCUCCUGAUGAAGUUUUGCUAGGCAGUGACGGCAGCGCCAGGACAGGAACAGCUUAAUGUCCCCCUGUAGUGAUGUUGGACCAAAGACAGGAGAACCAGGAGAGAGUUUCCCGCUACUCCAGCAAAGGGUAGGGAUGAAGCUCUGGACCUGGCUUCAUCCAUACAGCUAAGCAUGAGGGAAGAGCCCUAAAUGCUCCAGGAAGGAGGGGAGAUGCAUGCGAAGCAGCUGCAGGAAAUGGGUUUAAGCGGUGAGGGAGGAAGUGGAGGGACUAGUGAGGAAGUUAGGGGAGCAGAUUCCAGGGUGUAAUUUGCAGCGGGUACCGGCAGGUACCAUAUCUGAUAUGUCUCUGCAGCGAGCGCACUAAGUCCGAACUCUGGAUUUUUCUUCAUCCUGUGUGUAAUUGAUCCUGCCCAUAAAUGUUCCARUGAGGAAGCUGGCCCAGGGUGAAGUCCCAUGAAAAUCUUAGCUAUGUGGGCACAACAGGGGAGGUAGAAUGAGGCGUGCUCUGCUGUUUGAUGUUCUUUUUUUUUUUUCCUUUCCUUUUUUAACAGGGAAGUGUGGUCCCCUUGUGCCACAGGGAGACCUUUUCAGUGCAUCCUGAGUAUGCGCAGUGCUGGAUGCAGAACGAGGCAGGUUGACAGGGAUUUCUUUCAUUCAGUGAUGAUAGACUUUCUUGGCUGCUGAGCUUGAAUGGCAGCUGUGGGAGGUAAUUUUGACUGACAGAGGCCCACUAAGAA